GCCCCCCGCCCCUGCAGCCGGCACUCGCAGCCUCCUUCCCCCCCGAGCGGAGCUGCGGGGCCGGCCGGGCCGGGGCGGACCCGACCCCGGGAACCCGGACACGGCCGCCCGGGCCCGCGGGCGGGGGGAUCGGCGGGGGGACCGGCGGCUCGGGCAGCCACCAUGGAGUUCCGCCAGGAGGAGUUUCGGAAGCUUGCGGGUCGCGCCCUCGGGAGGCUGCACCGCCUUCUGGAGAAGCGGCAGGAAGGUGCCGAGACGCUGGAGUUGAGCGCUGACGGGCGCCCAGUGACCACGCAGACCCGGGACCCGCCGGUGGUGGACUGUACCUGCUUCGGUCUCCCUCGCCGCUACAUCAUCGCCAUCAUGAGCGGUUUGGGUUUCUGCAUCAGCUUUGGCAUCCGCUGCAAUCUGGGCGUGGCCAUCGUCUCCAUGGUCAACAACAGCACCACGCACCGCGGGGGCCACGUCGUGGUGCAGAAAGCUCAGUUCAACUGGGACCCAGAGACUGUUGGCCUCAUACAUGGCUCCUUUUUCUGGGGCUACAUUGUGACUCAGAUUCCUGGAGGAUUUAUCUGCCAAAAAUUUGCAGCCAACAGGGUGUUUGGCUUUGCUAUUGUGGCUACAUCCACUUUAAACAUGCUGAUCCCUUCGGCUGCCCGCGUCCACUACGGCUGCGUCAUCUUCGUGAGGAUUCUGCAGGGGUUGGUAGAGGGGGUCACGUACCCCGCUUGCCACGGGAUCUGGAGCAAAUGGGCCCCUCCCUUAGAGCGGAGUCGCCUGGCGACAACAGCCUUUUGCGGUUCCUACGCCGGGGCCGUGGUCGCGAUGCCUCUCGCGGGGGUCCUGGUGCAGUACUCAGGAUGGAGCUCUGUGUUCUACGUCUACGGCAGCUUCGGGAUCUUCUGGUACCUCUUCUGGCUGCUGGUGUCCUAUGAGUCCCCGGCGCUGCACCCUAGCAUUUCGGAAGAGGAACGCAAAUACAUCGAGGACGCCAUCGGCGAGAGCGCCAAACUCAUGAACCCCGUCACGAAAUUUAACACCCCCUGGAGGCGCUUCUUCACGUCCAUGCCCGUCUACGCCAUCAUCGUGGCCAACUUCUGCCGAAGUUGGACUUUCUACCUGCUCCUCAUCUCCCAGCCCGCCUACUUCGAAGAAGUGUUUGGCUUCGAGAUCAGCAAGGUGGGCCUGGUCUCAGCGCUGCCACACCUGGUGAUGACCAUCAUUGUGCCCAUCGGAGGUCAGAUCGCGGACUUCCUGAGGAGCCGCCAUAUCAUGUCCACCACCAACGUGCGCAAACUAAUGAACUGCGGGGGCUUCGGCAUGGAAGCCACGCUGCUGCUGGUGGUCGGCUACUCGCACUCCAAGGGCGUGGCCAUCUCCUUCCUGGUUCUCGCCGUGGGCUUCAGCGGCUUCGCCAUCUCCGGGUUUAACGUGAACCAUUUGGACAUCGCCCCGCGCUAUGCCAGUAUCCUCAUGGGCAUCUCCAACGGUGUGGGCACCUUGUCGGGCAUGGUGUGCCCCAUCAUCGUGGGCGCCAUGACGAAGCACAAGACUCGGGAGGAGUGGCAGUAUGUGUUCCUCAUCGCCUCCCUGGUGCACUAUGGGGGUGUCAUCUUCUAUGGGGUCUUCGCUUCUGGGGAGAAGCAGCCUUGGGCGGAACCUGAGGAAAUGAGCGAAGAGAAAUGUGGCUUCGUUGGCCACGACCAGCUGGCUGGCAGUGAUGAGAGCGAGAUGGAGGAUGAGAUGGAACCCCCCGGAGCCCCCCCUGCUCCGCCGCCCUCCUAUGGGGCCACACACAGCACUCUCCAGCCCCCAAGACCCCCGCCUCCUGUCCGGGACUACUGACAUGUGCCUCCCACUGAACGGCAGUCCAGGGCCUCCAUUCCACGCAUCUCGGGCCUGGGUGACAGUGUCAAGGAUCCCCAGUCCUGGCUGUCCCCCUCAGGUCCUAGAAGUGCUCACCCCACCCCCGUGCGGUCCAGCCCUUUCCCCUUCCCAGUCGCCUCUCAGGGGUAGUGAAGCUGUAGGCUGACAGUUUCAAGGAUGCCCACAGUCCCUUCCAGACCCCUUCUCCACUAGUUCUGCCUCAGUGGUUUCAAGUUCGCCUUCCAGGGCUUUCUUUGAAUGGACAAUUCAAUCUCUUAUUCUUGUGGUCUUGAGCAUCCCUUGAGCACCCUCCUUUCCUUCAACCCCUGAGAAUACUCAGCUCCCGAUGAUUAAGCCCCUCCUCUCCUUCCAGAAAAAUUCAAAGUCUUCUAGAAGUUUCCAAGCCCUUUCAACUACACAUCCUGCCCUUCUUGGGAUUGAUUUUCACCAGCGUUUCUGAGGGGAAACGGCGGUUUCAAGUUCCUCCUACCUCCCCUUCCCCCACCAGCAGGUUCUGCUGUAACACCAAAUUCCUCCUGGCCCUCCCUUGCUUGGCACGCGGUCUAGGGAAGCCCCCCAAGUGGUGGCUUUCAUCAAACGCCUCUCCACCCCCAUGCACUUUUUCUGACAGUUUUCAGGUCUAAUAGUGGCUGCUCCAGGCCAUCAACUUGAUGUGAAGCCACCGCCAUUGAACUUCCCCUUGGUGGUUUCAAGAUGCCCUUCUUCCCCACUUCCUUGCACUUUAUUCUCCUGGGUGGUUCCCAACUGCCCUCCUCUUCUCAGUGGCCAUUUGCGUGUCCCUCAGGGGCUAAAUGACUAAAAAUCUGGGAUCCUUUCCCUCUCAGAUGCCCCUCUUUUGGCUUAGAAUUUUGAGCCCAAAUAAAGAAGUCACAGAAUCCCAGGAAAGGGAAUGGGGCUGGGGGAGAGGGGAGGGUUCCCUGGGGCAGGGCUGUGUCUGUGUGUCUGUCUCGGUGAUUGUAAAUCCUGCCCUGCCCUCUCCCAAUAAAAUGCUAUGGUGUACAAACUCA